AUGAGAUGGACAAAGGUAGAAGAUGGACGUGUGAGUUGCGCAGCGGUUGCAGACGGUACCGCUGCAGUCGAGAAAUGCUGGUUGACUCAAAGACUGCAGCAGCUGGCAAACAAUUUCAGUAGAGGGUCCAUCGCCGAGACAGAACUGUUUAUCUGGUACAGCCUGAUGGCCUUCUGGUACAACCUGCUUGGCCUUCAUGGCACAACCUGCUUGGCCUUCAUGGUACAGCCUGAUGGCCUUCAUGGUACAACCUGCUUGGCCUUCAUGGCACAGCCUGAUGGCCUUCAUGGUACAACCUGCUUGGCCUUCAUGGCACAGCCUGAUGGCCUUCAUGGUACAACCUGCUUGGCCUUCAUGGCACAGCCUGAUGGCCUUCAUGGUACAGCCUGCUUGGCCUUCAUGGUACAGCCUGCUUGGCCUUCAUGGUACAACCUGCUUGGCCUUCAUGGUACAACCUGCUUGGCCUUCAUGGUACAGCCUGCUUGGCCUCCAUGGUACAACCUGCUUGGCCUUCAUGUAUGA